AUGUCGGCCCGCUUGGGCGCCGCAACCCGCCCGUCGCCACUGGCUGCCGCCGCCCGCCGCGGCGCUGUCGGCAGCCGCGCUGCCGCGCUCGACAUACGCUGCGCCAAGCAGCCGGCGGCAGCUGCCAGGCGGCGCGGCGGCAGCGGCGGCAGGGCGAAAGGGACGGGCAGCACCAAGAAGGGCUUUGCCAAGCCGGACGCACGUGCCGUGGCUGAGCCCUGGGAAGCGGACCUGCCGCCCUAUUACCGUGCAUACUACAAGGCCGGCUUUAAGCCGCCGCGCUUCAUUGGGCCCAUCGAGCUGACGAAGCACAGCGACGGCAGCGUGGACAUAUUGGCGAUCGACACCCUGGUCUCAAGCAUGCUUCUGGCCGUCGUGCCGCCGCUCGUGUUCCUGGAGGGCGCCUUUGAGCGCCCGCCCGCGGUCGAGGAGCUGCACGCCGCGCUGCUCGCGGGCGGCGCCGCCACGCCCGCCGGCGUCGCACGGGUGCUGCACCUGCUGCCGCGCGCGCCAGCUGACCCAGAGGCGGACGCCGCCGACGGCGACGGCAGCGCGGACGCGGCCGGCCCGGCAUCAGCCGUGGAGCCAGCGGCGGAGCGGAUCGGCGGCGGCGCCGCCGCCGUAGCGCCCGCGCCGGCCCUCGAGCCGACGCCCCUGGCGGCCACGAACGACAUUUUUGACCUGGACCCGAAAGUCUGGACGAUACGCGCCGCGCGGGGCGGCCUGCCGCUGAACGCGCCGCCGGCGGCGCUGCCGGAGACAGACGCCCUGCUGCGCACCCUCCAGGCGUCGUGCUAUUCUGAGGAAUUCCUGGACCCCGCGAGCUCGCAGCUGCGCCACGAGGCGCCCGUCGGCUUCUUGGGCGUGUGGCCCGAGCUGGCGGCGAUGAGCCACUCGUGCGCUCCCACCACGUCGGUGGCGGUGGUCGGUGGCGGCCACGCGUUUGUGCACGCGGCGCGGGACAUGGAGAUCGGGGACGCGCUGACCACCAACAAGAUCGGCAGGCGCGCGAGCAGCAGCAGGGGAAGGAAGCCGCUGGUGGUGGCAGAAAGGCUGCUGCAUCGGGCCGCGAUCCUCGGGCCCCUCGACGUGCGCCAGGCCGCAGUGCGCGCCCUCACCGGCCGCGGCUGCGGCUGCGCGCGCUGCGCCGCCGAGGCCACCCUGCCCGAGGCCCUGCGGCGCCAGCUGGCAGAGCUGCGGGAGCGGCUGGAGUCGGAGUGGACCGCGGCGCUGAACGCGGCGGCGGCGGCGGGCGACGAGGACGCGCUCGAUGCGCUCUGGGAGGACGUGACUCUGGACGUUGACUCGCUAUUUGAGGCGCUGGCGGCCGCAGACAUCAAGGGCGAGGACGCCGACCUCAUCGCCGCCGGCGCCUACGGCGCCGCCGAGCUGGCGUGGACCCUGGAGGAGCUGACUCAGCGCGAGCCCGACGUGUCCCGCCUGGCGACCGCCGUCCGCAUGCUGCGCGCGGCCGCGCCCGGCAGCGAGAGCCACGUGGCGGCUGCCCUGCAGCUGCACGCGCUGGCGGGCGCCAAGGUGGCGCAGCUGCUGCAGGCGGAGCGGGGGCGGCAAGGGCGGCGGACGGCGGCGGCGGAGAAGCGGCUUCUGGCCAAGGUGGUGGCCAGCAACGAGGAGGCGGAGGGGGCGCUUGUGGCCUUUUACGAGGCCGUUUACAUGCGGUACGGCUUUAUCCCGGAGGAGGGCCUGCUGCCGCAGCUGCAGUCGGCGCUGGAGCUCUUCUACGCCGGCCUGCGCCAGCUCGCGGCGGCCGGCGGCGGCGACGACGCCCCCACGGAGCGCGAGCUGCUGAUCGACGGCAUCCCCGUGACCGUGGUGGACCGCGUCGGCAUCGCGCCCGGCGACAGGGCCGCGGCGCCGCGGCCGGACUUCGAGAUGAGCGGCGGCGGCGGCGCCGCGGCGGCCCGCGGCGGGGUGCGGCUGAGCGUCGUGGAGGCGGGGGAGCGCGAGGUCAUCAGCAGCGGCGGCGGAGGGAUCGCGUUUGAGGGGGAGGCCGCGGCGCGGCCGCGCGGCGGCGUGGCGGUGGUGGAGCGGCCGGCGGCGGGCGCUGCGGCGGAGGGGUCCCUUCACGAGGACGGGCCGCUGCUGUUGGAAGAGUGCGGGGCGGAGGGCGGCCCCGAGUGCUACUUGGCCCCCUGA